UUUCUUACGCCUGCGGUAGCUCAAGGAGAUCUGAGUUGGUACAAUGAGCGCAAGCUGCGGAUCACGCCAAGUCUGCAUGCGCUCCUCUUCCACUUGCGCAAAGCGGACUUGUGGGUCAAUCUUUGAUGGCCAAUAUCUAUCAGAAUGCUGACAGCGUGUUGGUGUGGCUCGGGAGAUGAAUCGGUGAAGUCAGCUGGGAAUGUGACUAGCUCCCCAUGUGCUGGAGAAAAGCGUGUCUCAUCCACGAAUCGAGCUCAAGAGACAAAACCUGGCCUGCUUGGAACUACCACGGUGAAUUAUCCCUCAAUGGGAAGCACUCGGCAGUCUGCUGAACAAGCGUGGCUCAAACGGACCUGGGUGAUCCAGGAAACGGUUAUGGCGAAGAAGGCAUUGGUAAUAUGUGACCAGGAAGAACCGAGCUGGGCUAGGCUCAUGCAAGUCAUUCAUACCGUUAGAUUUGCUCCGCACCUCAAGACGAUUGGAAACGCGCGCAUGUCUACUCCUCAGAUCAUCCAGCCGUCAACAAAUGUAGGCGGUUUUGGAAGAGCGGUCGUAGAUAGCCACUGGGGGGGGUUGCUUACUCGCUUCCGGGGCUGCGAAGCAACCGAUAGCAGAGAUAACGUACAUGCGCUUCUGGGCAUGACCGACAGGUCCGUCACGCCAGAUUACACAAGCCAGCUACAAAGAUAUUCCCCGAUUGGCCCUGUUACCUGAUGAGCCCCGACUCAUGGUGGGACCAGUAUUGCCACCAAGC